AUGACCACUCAAGAAUCGAUCAAACCUUUGGUAGAUAGAAUCCUAUCAAAUCCCCUGCAGUUCAAUGCUGCAAUGAUCUCUAACAAAUCGAAUAAUAAUGAUACUUCCGCCGCGCCGGAAAAUAGCUCGUAUAUUGUGAUAGGAAAACAGCAUAAUAACAAUAGUAAUAGCACAGCUAUUGCUGCAACGGCCGAAUCCAAGCAAAUAAAAGAAAAUAACUUGAUAGACAGGCCAAACGGAAAGAAAACCAACACUGUUCCUAAAUCUAUGGCUGAAGCUUUAUUGUUGUAUACUUCUAAAAAUGAUAAAGAUGCUGCAGAUGCUACUGGUGCCAAGAAGUCAGCGGAGCUUUCUACGGAGCUUUCUACGGAGCCUCCUUCCUCUUCUUCGGAAGAUGACAAAGUAGGAAAAGAGGAAGAGGAAGAGGGUGAAAUAUUUCAUGAGGCAAGAGACUAUGUAGAACCCCGAAAAGCUAGUUUGAAGGAACGCGACAACGCAGAUAAGGGCGAUGGUGAAGACAUCGGCGAAGACAUCGGUGAAGACAUCGGUGAAGACAUCGGUGAAGACAUUGGUGAAGACAUUGGUGAAAACUUGGGUUCUCCAUUAGCAACCAUUGAUGAUUCAUCUAAUGAGAAUGAAAAGGAAAAAAGAAAGGAACUGUCUACAAGCAUUAGCAGUGAUGACGAAAUAGAAGACGACGAGGAUGAGGAUGACAUGGAUUAUGAUUCUAGUGCUAUGGAAAAAGAGCUCCCUGAAGAAGAGGAGAACGAUUCCAGCUCCAAAAUUUCUGAAGGCGAAAAAAAGAGUUUAUAUCAAGAUUUAAUGGAAAAUAGUACAGUGGAAGUAAAUCGGUACGAACCAGUAAACAACACCAAAGAAAAUGGAAACAGGAAUCCAAAGGGAGAGGAGGAGGAAGAAGAGGAAGAAGAGCUGAAACAUAAAUCUAGGUCAAUCACCCCUCCGGUUACAAUAUCAAAUCUAUCAAACUUUUACCAAUUCAAUGAAAAUAUCAAUGAUCGUGGUUCUUUAAACUCUACUAGAAUUGUUAAAAAUUGGGGCGACAAAUUCACCAAUUUGAAGCCUCGUGGCCUUUUGAAUCAUGGUGUUACUUGUUACACAAAUGCUGCUGUACAGGCUAUGUUACACAUUCCUUCGAUACAACAUUAUCUUUUUGAUAUACUAAUGGGGAAAUACGAUAGCACCAUCUCAAAAAAUUCCGUUUCCUAUACUUUAGCUGAAACAAGUAAAAAAAUGUGGUUACCGGUCUCAAAAAACCCUAGAAAGAACGUUUCAGCUUCCUACAUUAAUCCAAAACAUUUGAUUUCCAGAUUGGAUGACAUUAAUUGUAUGAUGAGCGAAUGGCAGCAGGAAGAUUCACAUGAGUACUUCAUGUCUCUGAUGUCAAGAUUACAGGAAGAUUCUGUUCCCAAGGGUCAUAAACUUAUAGAAUCGAUAAUAUAUGACAUAUUCGGUGGUCUUUUAAAGCAGAUCGUUACUUGCAAAUCUUGUGGCAGUAUAUCUAAAACAGAACAACCAUUUUACGAUUUAUCGUUGCACUUGAAAGGGAAGAAAAAACUUGAUCCAAAUUCUGACCUGUCGAGUGAUAGCAUUAACGGCACUUCAGCCACCACUUCUACCACUACCUCCAAUGCUGCCACAAAACCAUCUCUUUCAUCCUCUUCAUCUGUCAAUUUAAACAAUGGCUCACCAUUUGCCGCUGCCAGUGAUUUAAGUUCAGCCAACCGCAGAUUUUCUAUUGAAAAAUCAAUUAAAGAUUUCUUCAAUCCCGAAUUAAUCAAGGUUGACAAGGAGCAAAAGGGUUACGUUUGUGAGAAGUGUCACAAGACCACGAACGCCGUGAAGCAUAGUUCAAUAUUAAGGGCUCCUGAAACUUUACUUGUGCAUCUGAAAAAAUUCAGAUUCAAUGGCACGUCCUCAUCAAAAAUGAAGCAAGCUGUUUCUUAUCCUAUGUUUUUAGAUUUGACGGAAUAUUGUGAGAGUAAAGAGCUACCUGUCAAAUACCAACUAUUAAGCGUGGUGGUUCAUGAGGGCCGCUCCCUUUCUUCAGGUCACUACAUUGCCCACUGCAAGCAACCAGACGGUAGCUGGGCCACUUACGACGACGAGUAUAUUAAUAUAAUAUCUGAAAGGGACGUUUUAAAGGAACCCAACGCAUAUUAUCUCCUAUACACGAGGCUAACUCCAAAAUCGGUUCCAUUGCCAUUGGCGAAAUCUGCCAUGGCCACUGGUAAUGUUACCUCUAAAUCCAAACAGGAACAGGCUGUUAACGAACCAAAUAACCGCCCAUUGAAGAUUAAUAGCAAGAAAAAUAACAGAAAAAAAUGGAAAAAAAAUAAAAAAAGGAAGUUCACCAAAUGA